AUGUGGACAACAGAUUGGCCAAUUAACACUUUAAGAGAUCUCGACAGGCUAACAAGGAAGAUCAUUAAUGAAUGCCAUGGUAAACACAAACAUGAAUCGACGCAGCUCCUGUAACUACUAUCUUGAGAAGGAAGUAAAGGGCUUGUGGAGAUUGAAGCUCUCUACAAACACCCAAAGAUAAGAGCGGCUCACUACAUCAGCGCCUCGGAUAAUGUACAUAAUUGGUGA